AUGGAUGCUGCCCCGAUGCCCAUCCCAGCCGAAACGAAAAGUGGGUAUGUGAAGACCAUCAACACUGCAAUCACGGACUUCAGCAAAAAAUUCGAGUCCUUGUCAGCCACGCGGCCGCGAAUCACUGGAUUGAUGGAUUGUCCAGCUGGAGCGCUGGGCAUGGAUGCUUUGUUGAUGAAGGCGUUGGACUCCUGCAUCCAAGAUGGUGUCGGCAAGGCCAGUCUUGUGCUGGACCGUGGAGCUGUGACUUCAUUGCAACCCACUGGCUUGCAUCAACUCAGGCUGAAUGGCGACGGCGAGUUGAACGAUGCGCAGAAGACAAAAGAAUCCCAGAAACUCAAGGGAAAUCUUGGAGCCAUCCACUACCAACGGCAAGGAUCCAAACAUGUCAUCGCAAUCAGCUACCGGGAUGCUUUGGCUUACGCUUCUGGGGGACUUGGACCAGCAGCCGAAGGCCAGGCGAGCAACAGGUCUCCUGUCGUGGCGGCUAUUCAGGCCAUUCAGAACAUGACUGAAGAGUGUGAGCGCCCACCAGGGCUGAAAAAGGCUUACGUGUGUUCCGGUGACAUCGUGUACUACCCGCCUUGCACGCUCAUCUUUGAGUAUGCUGUGCCAAAUGGUGGCGACAACGUGGGCUACCGCGUGAACUCGAUGUUCGCGCCUAAUGUGCCAGAGCUUCUGGAGAUCUUGAACGAGAUGAACAACGCGGCACCCCAAGACGUUUCCCCCAGCACACUGCUCACGAUUCAGGCCCUUCGGGAGUGGCAAGCUUCUAGUGCAGCCAGAGCUCCGCAGGGUGGCUCACCGAUCCCGGAGGAGACCUCGGCCAGCAGUGUGCUUUGCAAGAAACCUUGCGACCUUCGCCAGAUGUUGCCCAAGCUGUCUGAGCGUCUUCUGGAUGAGGUGAUUCAAGCAGUAAAGGAGCACAGUGCUUUCGAUGCGUACUGUGACUAUGUGUGUGGUGAAAUGGGAUGUGAUCGCGGACCUGGUGAAGAUCAGUAUGAAUUCGGUGGUGCAGACACUGAUGUGCAAGAGGCAAGAAGCUUGCAGAGUUGUGUGAGUCCAAUGACUGUCUGUCCACAGCCCCACACCUUCCACCUUAAACACUAA